UAACUAAUCUUAGCGAAACUAUCACAACCCUAAUAAACUGCAACAGUGACAACUCCAAUAAUUGAUUCUACAAGUUCCUAUAUCAUAUCAUUGCCUUCUUAUAAACUCAGGUUAGUGAAACCUUUAUGUUCACAAUGUUCAUCAGCCUUGUGGUUGUGGAGUUUUCCGCCGUACAAGGAAACUGGCCCCCAAUUUCUUUAGCGCACGCACAAAAUUUUGGAAAACCAAAACAACGACAUUAACAUCAAAUUUCUAACAACUUUUCAUACAGCCAAAACCACCACUCAAAAUGUCGAACCCACGUAUCGAGGAACUCCCAGAUAACGAGGAGCCAGUCAAGCAACAAGUUACCGCAGAAGAUGAGGGAUCCGAUAGCUCUGACUCCGAGGGAGAGGGAGAGGUAGAGUCUGGUAUUCCAGCAGGUGCUGGAGCAGUCGUUCACUCCCGAAACGAGAAGAAGGCACGCAAGUCAAUUGCAAAGCUCGGUCUUACAAGAGUUCCUGGUAUUACCAGAGUCACUUUGAGACGACCAAAGAACGUAAGAAAUUUUUAGUUGAUUUGCGAUUCGUUAAGGAAGUUCUUGCGAUCAAGACGUGGAGCUGUGCAACAGCUUCAUAACCGCGGGGUAGCUUUAAUCAAACUUGAACAUAAAUUAAUAACUCUCUACUGAUCAUAUAUUGUCUAAUAGAUCCUCUUUGUCAUCAACAACCCAGAGGUUUACAAGUCCCCAACCAGCAACACCUACAUGUAUGGAACUUCUACCCCGCAUUUGAAAAUUACAUUUUAGUCUAACAAUUUCCCCAGUGUCUUUGGUGAGGCUAAGAUUGAGGAUCUUAACUCUCAAGCUCAAGCUUCUGCUGCCGCACAAUUGGCUGCUCAAGAAUCCCACGACCACGCCGGUCAUGAUCACUCUGGUCACGACCACUCCCACGAUCACGGAAAGGGCAAGGCUGUUGAUACCGGUGACGAGAAGAAGGAAGAGGAAGAGGAUGACACAGAGGAGGUCGAUGCUACUGGACUUGAGGAUAAGGAUAUUGAGUUGGUCAUGACCCAAGCCAGUGUCUCGCGCAACAAGGCUGUGAAGGCAUUGAAAGAGAAUGACAAUGAUAUAGUCAAUUCUAUCAUGGCUCUAAGCAUAUAGUUCUAAGCUAGCUUAGCUGGAUCUUUAUGGAUUGCUGUUCUAGGUUGACAUUCUUUGAUGGAUGGCAGUGGUAUUACGUGGAAAUAGAACGACAUACAUACCUGAAUGAAUUUCAGGAGUGCUAUAUAGUACGAUUGCAAUUCAAUUCUAUGCCACCUUCAUGUGCAUCUACACACUCAAUUCUUUUC